AUGAUUUCUUGGCACAAACUCCGUCUGCUCCUUUUGCUAGAUUGGCUGAGCUUCUCCGCCGCCGCCGCGGCAGCCGACACGCUCUCCGUAGGAGAAUUUCUCGCCGGGAAUCGGACUCUGAUCUCGGAAGGAGGCAAGUUUGAGCUUGGGUUCUUCUCCCCGACCGGCAAUGGCAACUCCAGGUACUACGUCGGCAUAUGGUACAAGCAAAUCCCGGUGCAGACGGUCAUCUGGGUGAUGAACAGAGACCUCCCGGUCUCGGACCCAUCGUCGGCAGAGCUGACGGUAGCUCCGGACGGCAACCUCCUCCUCCUACAAAACGGGAAUCAGACCAAGAAGCCAAUCUGGUCGUCGACCAACUCCAGCUACGCGCGCCCAUCAGUCGGGCCCGUGGUGGCGGUGCUCCUCGACACCGGGAACCUCGUUCUGCGCGGCAACUCCUCGCAGCAGAUCAUAUGGCAGAGCUUCGAUCACCCGACCGACACGCUCGUGCCGGGCGGCCGGGUGGGGCUGAACAAGCGCACCGGCGCGUACCAGGCGCUCGUGUCAUGGAGGAGCGCCGACGACCCCUCCACGGGAUGGUACACGGACCGGGUCGACCCGUUCGGCGUGUCCGGCCAGUACACCUUCCUGUGGAACGGCACGACCGUGUACUACUACUCCGGCGCCUGGGACGGGCAGCGCUUCGCGUCCGUGCCGGAGAUGGGCAUAUCGGCCAGGUACAGGUAUAUCUUGGUCAACAACGACGAGGAAGUCAGCUUCUCCUUCGAGGUCACCGACCCGUCUACCCUGUCGAGGAUGGUGAUGAGCCCGAACGGGCAGUACACCAUGUACGACUGGUCCAGCAAGUCCGGCGGGCAGUGGCUGCUUCACUUCGCGACUCCCACGUCACCGUGCGACGUGUACUCCGCGUGCGGGGCCUUCGGUCUGUGCGACGCGGCCAGCUCGCGGUACUGCCGGUGCUUGCCGGCGUUCGACGCCACGUCGCCGGGGGAUUGGAGCGGCGGCUGCGCGAGGAAGACGAGCUUGCACUGCAGCAACGACUCAGCGUCCACCGAUGGGUUCCUUCCGGUGCAAAAUGUCAAGCUGCCGAGCAGGUACAUCACGGACACUGAUGGUGGAGGUAGCGCUGGGGAUUGUGCGUCAGCGUGCUUGAGAAACUGCUCUUGCACGGCAUACGCGUACGAGGGCGGUUGCUUGGUGUGGGCUGGUGGUCUGAGGAACAUUCAGCAGCUUACCGACGGCGACGCUGCCGGUUCUACUCUGUUCCUCCGGGUCGCCGCCGCCGACCUUGCUGCCAAUAGCAACCAUGUCGGCCUGUCAACAAUUGAUCGCGAUGCCAUCCUGGUCGCAUCUGCACUAGCUUUUCUCACGAUCCUCUGCUGCUUGUUCUCCGUUGUUGCCUGGAGGAGGCGACGUGGCGCGCAAACUGUGUGGCUUGACGGCUCACUCCUGGUGUUCAACCACGGCUAUCUAGUGCGGUGCACGAAGAACUUCUCCGAGAAGCUGGGGAUGGGCAGCUUUGGCUCCGUGUACAAGGGGAAGCUCCGCGACCGCACCGCCGUAGCCGUCAAGAGGCUCGAGCUGGGAGGAUCGGCGCAGGGCGAGAAGCAGUUCCGCGCAGAGGUGAGGACGCUGGGCAGGAUCCACCACGUCAACCUGGUGCGCCUCCGCGGGUUCUGCGUCACGGCGCGCGAGCGGCUGCUGGUCUACGACUACAUGCCCAACGGCUCCCUGGCGUCCGCCAUGUCGGGCGCCGGUUUCGGGAUGCUGGACUGGGGCGCCAGGUUCGGGAUCAUGGUCGGCGUCGCCCGGGGGCUCGCCUACCUCCACGAGCAGUGCCAGGAGCGCAUCGUGCACUGCGACGUGAAGCCGGAGAACAUACUCCUCGACGCGGCCUUCUGCGCCAAGGUGGCCGACUUCGGCAUGGCGAAGCUCAUCGGGCGGGACUUCAGCGCCGCGCUCACCACGGCGCGGGGCACGGUGGGGUACCUGGCGCCGGAGUGGGUCCUGGGCCUGCCCGUCACGUCCAAGGCCGACGUGUACAGCUACGGCAUGACGCUGCUGGAGCUCGUCUCCGGGCGGAGGAACCGGGACGCCGGCGGGCGCGGCGUGGGGUACUUCCCGCUCUGGGCCGCGACCAAGGUCAGCGAGGGGCAGUUUCUGGCGAUCUUGGACGAGAGGUUGGCGGGGGCCGCGGACAUGGAGGAGCUGAGCCGGGCGUGCAACGCCGCGAGCUGGUGCAUACAGCAGACCGAGGCGCUGAGGCCGACCAUGGGGCAGGUGGUGCAGGUUCUGGAAGGGUCGCUCAGGGUGGGCGCUGCCCCCGUGCCGAGACACCUCGAGCUAUUCUGUGCGGAGGAUUCGCGCACGCUCUGA